UUGUGUUUGAAAUCAGACACUUGGCGCGGCUGCGGGAGCUGAAGACUGGGCUUUGGCUGGAGGUGGCGCAGAUUUUAGUGCGUGGAAGGCGGCGGGGCUCAGGCGUGCCCGCCAAGGAUGCUAGAGUGCCUCGCACACUUACCUACUAACAGGGCCUGAGGAGGUGAAGGCGCCUUGGAUUCCUGCUGCCCCUUUAAGCACAGUUAAGCCCGGGGCACUUGAUCUACCCUGAGUAUCUAAAGUUAAAGCAUUGCCUUGCAAAAUGGUGGAGGACGAGCUGGCACUGUUCGAUAAAAGCAUAAAUGAAUUUGGGAGCAAAUUCAGAAGCACUCUGAGUGACGCUCCUUGUCAGAUGGUGGGGCUAAGAGACGCCUACAAGGACUCGGUCAAGUCACUUACAGAAAAACUGUCUGUGAAACUGAAGGAAGAAGAACGAAUGAUUGAGAUGUAUCUGGAAUAUAAAAAUCAGGUCAACAGACAGAAUGAGUUGAUUCAAGAGAAAAAAGAUAACUUGUUAAAACUGAUUGCUGAAGUAAAAGACAAGAAGCAGAAACUGGAAGACCUUAGAACAAACAUCCAGGAUCUUAAGGAAGAGUAUUCUAGGAAGAAGGAAACUAUCUCCACUGCCAACAAAGCUAACGAAGAGAGGUUGAAAAGGCUGCAGAAAUCUGCGGACUUGUAUAAAGAUCGCCUUGGACUGGAAAUUCGAAAAAUAUAUGGUGACAAAUUGCAGUUUAUUUUCACUAAUAUUGACCCUAAGCAUCCUGAGAGCCCAUUUUUGUUUUCUUUGCGUCUAAAUGAAGCAAGGGACUAUGAAGUGUCAGAUAGUGCUCCUCAUCUCGAGUGCCUUGCGGAAUUUCAGGAGAAUGUGAGGAAGACCAACAAUUUUUCGGCUUUUCUUGCCAAUGUUCGGAAAGCUUUUACUGCGAUGGUUUAUACUUAAUAUGUAAAUAGUAUAUUAAAACAAGUUUGCUUUUUCUAUCAUGUAUAUCUUUUUAAAAAUAUUUCUCAUCUAUUGUCUGUACAUAUUUUGAGAUUUUUGUAAUAUUUUUGUGUGGUAUAGAGGAAAGCAAAAUAUAGCACUCUAGAAUAUGCCACUUUGGCAUAAAUAUCUUUGAAACGAUGACAAGAGGAAGCUCAGUCAGAAAAGCUUUCUGCCUUCCCCUGGUUUGCCUAAAAGCAGGACAUAAAUUUAUAAAGGUGUCUCCCUCUCCCCACACCUCUCUUUCAAUGGAAAUAAUUCUCACCAGCUCAGAUAUGGCCACCAAUGGACACUGCAGACAAACAUUACUCCCUUAGUUUAGUUCUUUUUUUUUUUUUUUUAAGAUUUAUUUAUUUUUAAGUCAGAGUUACACAGAGUGAGAGGGAAAGACAGAGAGGUCUUCCAUCCACUGGUUCAUUGGCCGCAACAGCUGGAACUGCGCCAAUCCGAAGCCAGGAGCUUCUUCUGGGUCUCCCAUGUGAGUGCAGAGGCCCAAAGACUUGGGCCAUCUUCUACUGCUUUCCCAGGCCACAGCAGUUAAUUUACUUAUGUAUGUCCCUUCUUCACCUUUUCUCCUUCCGGAAGCCUAAGACUGCCUUCUUUUGUGUUGUCAUUUCCCCAACAACGUAUUGUUCUGCACUGAAGAUACGCUAUAAGCCAUAGUGCCAAGCCACUGCUUUGAGUUACCUUUCAUUGAAGUCUCUUAUAUGGUGUGCAGUACACAUGCUGACAGACUGGCUACUUCUGCUCUUGUUAAUCCUUCUUUCAUUACAGGGGUCUGUUACAACUAUGAACUUGUCAGGGUUGAGAGGAAAUUAUUUACUCCCCGAUAGUUUUUUGCAGUUCAGGCAGGAAUUUCUGGGACAUUGCAGGCACUCCUGAUCCUGAGAAAUGGGAUUCUGGGAGAACUGGCAGAAGCCAGAAGAGAAAGAAUUCUUACCAAAGUCAGCUUUCCCAGAAUUCCCUGUGUAGUGUAGUAUAACCCCUGGGAACGAGAAGGUCAGAACUUUGCUUUGUUCUUUUCCUUUCCGUUGAGACUGGCAGAAGAAAAACAAUUGUAGAAAAUUGAACUUCUGACUCUUGUGGAUUUGGUUGGGGUACAUAUUGAUUAUUGAUUUUUAGCCUUUUAGAGGUAGUCUUUUUUUUCCUAUAUCUUUUGUGUCAUUUGUCAACCCAUUUGUCUUGUCAUCCUAAAUAUAGAAUACCUAUAAAAACUUAAAUUGAGCAAUAAAUAUACCACUUAGGAUAGUUUUGAAAUAAUUUUUUUUUUUAGAGUUCUGUUCUUUUGAGAAAAGUAACCGAUGUUGAUUAGAAUAUUUGGAAAUAUUUUUCAUUCAUUAUGGUAAUGGCAUGAACUUUACUACAAGUUAAUUUUACUAAAUUUCAACUGAACAAAAGAAUGUGUACAUAACUGAUAUGUAGUAUGAGAUGCAUUCGUGAAAGUAUUUUCUAGAACUAGUUUGUCAUUUUAUUUCAAAGAAAUACACAUUAUCAAGGAGAUAAUGUGUCUCACGUUAUCCGUGUUUGAAAGUAGCCGUCCUGCAAACAGCGUGGCAGUAUGUACUGCAGAGUUAUGCGUAGCGUAGUGCCCUGCAGUCUGACAGACUCUGCUGUCGCCACUUGCAGUUGUUGGUUGAGAAGUUGUGACCUGUGUGCUCGGGAGAAUCAUCAUUCUUCAGAUACCCGUAGUGGUAGAAAAUCCAUGGUCAAAUUGGUUUUUUUACAAUAGUAUGCUCACUGGUUAUGACUUGUGGUACUUCUUCAAAAUACUGGAUUCCAAGGCACAGGCACCAUGAGGGAAAACACACUAAAGUGUACUCUGAAACAGACAACAUUGAUGAAAAAAACAAUCAAAUAUUCCACACUAUUAGAAGUAGCAAAUGGAAUUGGCUUUUGCUCACUCAGAUAAUUGAUGCGUGUAUUAUAAGUAUGUGGAUUAUUGACAGAUUUUUGAACAAAGAUCUCAUAAACUUGUUGGAUUUCAAGAACUGUCUGCUCAGCAUACCUAAAAUGAUGCAAUGAGAAAGAAAACUCAAUACUCCUAGAACUACUGUUAUCCAAGAUGAUAUUGGAUGUUACAUGAGAAACCAUAUUAUUCUCAAGUAGCAAGAAUGAUGAUAUCAAAGCAAAUCAUGUGGAGGCCAGUGCUGUGGCAUAGUGGGUAAAACCACUUGCCUACGGCACUGACAUCCCAUAUCGGUACCAGUUUGCAUUCUGGCUGCUCCACUUCUCAUCUGGCUUCUUGCUGAUGCACCUGGGAAAGCAGUGGAAGAUGGCCCAAACACUUGGGCCCGUGCAGCUAUGUAGGAGACCUGAAAGAAGGUCCUGGCUCCUCGCUUCGAAUCAGCACAGCUCCGGCCAUUGCAGCCAUUUGGCGAGUGAACCAGCAGAUAGAAGAUCUCAACCUCGAUCUCAGGUCUCUCUCUCUCACCCUGCCUUUCAAAUAAAUAAAUCUUGAGAAAAAAAAGUCACAUGAAACCAACAACAUAUCGUCCAAAUUGUAAAAUAACUGAAGUGUUUUGUUCCUUUCCACCAAAAAUAAUUGUUGAACAGGUCAUGAAUGUCACUUCUUUGUAUAUUGUGGCUUAUAGCUGUAAAAACUAUAUUGUCCCAGUUUCUAUAGGACAGUGUUCAUUUUUAAUAAUAAAGGAUAUGUAAGCUCCAGAUUAUGA